AUGUGGGGUCCUGCUCUUCCAUCGUGGGUUGAGCCGCUCUCCCGGUGGGUGACCGUGGUCGAGACAUGUUUUAGGGUUAAUUCAGGAGGUGGAGGAAAGUUCUCCCGACCACGAGGGAACAGAAUUUGCACAGAUUGUUCGUUUUCUUGUUUCACAGUGUGGUUGAUGGAUCUAAAGAACACGACAACGCGGUUAACUAGGGAAAAGAAAUAUGGAAGAAAACUUCUCGAAGAAAGAUGCUUUUUAUCUCGUUCAAAGAAUCUUUCUCCUCUGAGACAUUCUAUUGAUACUGAGAAAAUGUCACUCAGUCUUUGA